UGGAGGCCUUGUCACAUUUUGAGGCCUCACUUUGCUACAAAUGGGCCGCUGAAUCUUUGAUGUAUCAAAGCAUGAAACUAAGACUCAGGGAGUUGCUAACGCACUAACGUCGCUAGGGUGCGUACGGAUCAGAUUCCUAGCUCAUUAUAUCCAACCUCUAUGUGUGUACAUACUGGCCAUCGUUCGAGAGGCAGAUACUAACCGUUGGAACUGAUCGAACUGGAAGGUCUGGGACGUUCCGAACGUGAUCCGAAUUGAUGAUUUGCAGGUGACCGCGAGCCGGGGCACGUGUUGACAUUCAACACGACAACAGACAACAACAGGUUGAUCCCCUCGCCGUCUUACCCUGCCUUCCUGCUGCCAUGGAUCUUCCAGGCCGCUACGGUACCAUUGCUCUUCUACGCCCCGGGGACUCUACAACGGUGCAGUCCUUCGGCGUCGACACGGACAGCGUCACCUUUGGUCGCGAUCCUACUUGCUCUAUCCGUCUGUACUACACUGCAGUCGCCCCGUUACACGCCCGCGUAGCGUUCAAUGACGACAAGAAAGCCUACAUCGAGGUUUUUGGUGCAACGGGGGUUGUUGUCGAUGGGUGUCAGGUUCUGCCAAACGACGAAGACUCUGUCAAGCCCUCCUCAGAGCCAUUGCUCAAUGGCAGCGAAUUUGUUAUCAAUAACAAGAAGUUCCGGUUUAGUUACCCGCCAAAAGAGAGUCGUGCUGCUUUAUGGCAAUCUCCUGCGCCCAAUCGCAAAUUACGACUAUCUAUGAUCGCCUCGGCUCAGGUCUUCUCUCCUCGCCCGUCCAAUGAUCCUCGCGAAAACCUCCGUAUCCUGCAGUCCCCGCUCAGAGCUCCGUUUACGCUCCCUGCACGUGGGCGAAGCACCAGCCGAAGCCCGUCUCCAACAAAGGGCAGGCGCUCACCAAGUAAAUCGCCCACCAAAUCCGGGCCCUCUUUUAAUCCAUUCGCACCGGCUCAGUCUCGUGAUAGCGAACAGGAUGCAGACCAAGAUAUGGAUACCAUCGACGAAGCGGACGAGUAUGACGACAUGGAAAUGGAUCAUCCCACACUAACACUAGUGCAUGGGUCGUGUCCCAAAGUGGUUGAAGAGGCGAGAGAUCUUGUCAUUCUCGAGGAUGUUGGCCCAUAUCUGUCUCCGACCGGUGACACGAAUUCGGGAUCUUCAUCGUCUGGUUCAGCUUCAUCAUCUUCGUCCACUUCCCAACCUAGGACGCCCAAACGGCCCACCGCGACUCUGCAUCGUGCUGUUCUCAUUCGCAGUGCGCACCGUGCUGUCUGGAACGCUGGUACUUCGAAUCUAGGAUCGAACGGCUCUAGCGCAGUUGGACCUCCAACUAGUCCUACUAAGAGCAAGAGCCCGACUAAAUCCAACGCCGGCACUAAUACAGGCCUCGCGCAAACAAGCCCUAUCAAGGCUAAUCCUGCCCCGCUUCCCAGACCGGUCUUCGGAGCACCUAUCUCACCCGAGAAGCCAACAGCGAACGACUCGGGACGCUUGUAUCCCACUCUGCCUCCGCCGACAAGCCCGACCAAGGUCCUGCCGCAGCCGGCCGCUACGCCCCGUCGCACACCUGUGUCACCGACGAAACAGUACACUCCGCGCGUGCCUGUUGGUGUUGCCGGUCCCUCGGCUGUGGCAAGCAGCAGUGGUGUCGAUCCAGAUCCAGACUCCGAUUCAGAAGACACCUCGGAGGAGGAGGUCAGAGACCUCGGGCUCAGUGUUAUCAGCGUCUCUAGCGGUAGCAGUAGCAGCGAGGGCGAGGAUGAUGUAAUGGAAGAUUAUCAGGAGGAGGUCCAUGACGAGCCUAGGGUCCCUGCCAAGAAACUGGGCUGGCGGAAGAGUUUCGAGAAGCUGGUUGGCGGGUUCUUUGGUGUCAAAGAGGAGGAGCAAGAAGAGGUGCUGCCCGAACCGGCUGAACCGACUGAAUCGACUGGACAUGAUAGGGAUGAGCAAGCAGGUGAAGAACGGAGCAAACAAGAAGAUCAUGACGAACAGGAAAUCGAGCAACCUGUGCUACCGAUGACCACUUUGACCCCCAAACGCAAGACAGUGCUCCAGAACACAACAACGCCGGCAAGACUUCCGGUUGCGUCACUGGAGGGAGAGGUUCCCCAUCCGGCCGCCAAAACACCGGCGGGUUUUGGUCGCAAAUCGAUGGGCGCGACGGCAAUGGAUGUUGACUCAGAAGGUUUCCAGCCCGUAUACCCUGACUUGGCUGCCCUCACGACUGAAACCUCAGUCAAGACCUCCGUAGCACCACCCCCGGCAGUAGCAGCUCGCACCCUUCCACCUUUUAUGACACCUCAGCCAUCCCGUGUCGCGUCCAGCAACCCCCGAUUCUCGCUUGGAGGUGUUGCGCAGCGAAUCCCGGUGUCUCAGUCUCCGUGGAAAGUCAAGGACCUUGUACUCGACUCCCCUUCAAAGCCCGACGCAGAACGAAAGACUACCACUUCCAGUGUUUCUGAUGCCGAGCGCAAGGCCAUUUCGGAGCGCCGCCGCAGCGCGUUGACUGCUCCUGAUCCUUUCUGGGGCGUCGGAGGUGUGCCGGGUAUGUCGCGUAUGUCGUCUCCGCGCAAAGGAUCCACAUCGCCCCGGAAAGUAUCGCCUUCUGGCUUGCCGAUGUUGGACGAGCACGAUGCUGACAACGAGUUGGCCGGAGAUCGACGAGAUUCGAGACAGAUCUUGCGUGAAUUGAAGGAGAAAGUGGAAGUGAUGAAGCACCGACGCGAUAGUGUGAUUGCAGGCACGCCUAUCAAGGUCAGAGAACGGGUCGCAGCCGAGUUGACAAGGGCGAAGCAAGAAGAAGGACAGAUUCAGAUGGAGGUUGAUGAUGCUGAUGGAGAGCAGCAAGCUGUUGAAGCACAAAACCCGCUUGCUCUUCCAAAGCUUGUCCUGGACGAGAAUCCGUCUCCCAUGAACGAAGAUGAGAAUCCCAUUCUUCCCGCUGCGCAGCAAUCGCCAUUCGAUCUCACCAGCAAUCCGAUUGCGGACCUGCAUGCAGAUGAAACGCGAGAAGAGAAUUCUGAUCAGCUGGUCGCCCCAGAACCACACGAUGCUCGCAGUCGUACACCCAUUGCCGAAGAAACCCCAGCCCCAGCCCGAACGACUCGGCGCACUCGCCAACCGACGGCAGAGCCCGUGGCCGAGGUUGUCCGCGAAACAGUGGCAGAAAAACGUCCAACCCGGAGUCGAGCGGUGACUGCCGAGGCUGCUGAGCCAGAGACAGAAGUGGUUCCUGAGAAACCCCGUCGAGCCCGGAGUCGUGCGCCGACAUCAGAGGCACCACCACAGGCAGUGACUCCGGCUCCCGAGAGCAAGGUCCGCCGAGCCCGAAGUCGUGCACCGACUUCAGAGUCUGCUGUUCUUGAAGAAGAGGAAUCUGCGCCCAAGACACGUCGUGGUCGAAGUCGCGCUCUAGCGGAGGAAGACGACAAACCUAUGCCUCUCCCCGAGGUCCCGGUUGCACCGGCCAAACCGAGACGAGGGCGAAGCCGAAGUGCUACUGCCGAGCCUGAAGAGAUCGAUGAUAAAGAGGUUGCGACUGUUGCUCGGAAGCCGCGAAAGCCACCUUCUGUUCAAAGCAGUGCUGCCGCUGCCGAGCCCGUCUCCGAGCCGGCACUCCCGGUGAAAAGAGCGCGGGCCGUCAAAGCCCCGGCUUCCGUUCCGUCAAAAGCCGUGCAGGACAACGACGGCGAGAUCGAGAUAGUCGCUGUUGUGAAAGGCAGGAAAGGUCGCGUUGCAGCCAAAGUGAAACACGAGGACGAAGAUGAACCAGUGAUGCCAGCGAAAAAGCCCGCGUCGACAUCGUCCAUUCCAAGGCCGAGAUCGACGAGGAAGACUGCAGCGGCGACACCCGAUACGAAAGAAAAGGAGAAAGAGAAUGCCCGCUCUGGGCGGAAGACUAUCAAGGAGGAAGUCGUCGAAAGUGAAAUGCCAGUCAAGCGCGUUACGAGGGCGAGAACGAAAGCAUGAAUAUGAAACAAUGAAACCCAACUUUGUCCUGUUUUUUUGUCUGGAAUUUCGUAUGCUUGCCUGUUGUCGUUUUAUGUGGAAUAUGUGUGUUCAGUUAGCUACUGCUACAUAGGAGAUACGAGACUCAGUCGAAAAAGGGGGCCCCUUUCCCAAUGAGGAAGUCUCCGCUUCCUAAAAGGGAAAUCUCCGCUUUUGUGCAACGCAACCAUCGAUUCGAUGGUUAUCUUGAAGCUGGCUGUAUUCUUGGCACGAUUCUGACCCUGUGCAAAUUUUACAAUAGACGGAAAGAGACGGAAAGAUAAUCAAGAAGAAAUGUGGACAGGCCACAAGGCGUACGGUCCUUCCACGAACUUGGAUCGCCGGCAACUCAGAUUACCAAUAAGCACCCCCAACCGGCGAUUGUCGGCACCCCUGUAGUAGUUGGAUCGGAUCCGGAGAAUGCCGCAUCUCAUUCAUCCUAGCGCUCAAACCAGUUGGAGAAAUCAACUCCCAGUGCAUAGGCGUCAUGCCUUGUACAAUCGGCCUGCCUGCACGUACGUAGUAGACGCAAGCGCAGAGCACAUGCUAUGCCCGCAGGUGACCAGUUGCAAAGAAGGUUCUCGUCGGAUGUCAAUGACAAGUGGGGGCUGACGAAGCGGCCUAGUAAGGCCGUCGAACCUUGUUCCUAGCGGUUGGAUGCGAUCGCAGACCCCAACAGGCGAUUUGUACUGGUGGAUUACAAUCCAGACGUGUCCAAAACAAUGACCCGUGCUGUCCCGCGAAGGGCUACGCGAGGGGCAAGUUAAACUUAGAAUUGCGGCUCCCUCUGCGAAAGCGGCCGAUGUCGUGGGAGAUGGAUUCGAAGAGAAGGCAAGCACUAGCAAGCUCAGCUGGCUGAAGGACACACGAUCCAGACCGACGACUGACUGUUCGCGAUGGCCACCCCGUGACGGUGACAGACCGCGAUGAUGCCCCAGUAUGAGCCUAGUGCAGAUUGCAGAUUCUGCCUUCCGCGGUCAGGAGGACCUCCCCGGGUUGUUAUCUCGGGGCGAUGACGAAGACGAGGACGUGCGAGUAGCAAGGUAAGCAGCGAGGCACGCGCAAAGACGCGAUCGUGCUGGAGAGAAAUUGACUGACGUCACCUCUGCGUCAUGCCUGAUUUCGUUGAUUGAUGUCUUGGCUCCGGAAGGCGGAAAAUGUAGUCGCACAGAACAGCGGAGAACCAGUUGAAUUAUCACAGAAUUCGCAAUAAGUUAUGCACGAUGAGAUACUAGGAAGGCCCAAUGACAGGGAAACCAACGCUGCGCAGUACGAUAGCUGAACGCAGUCCCACAGUGUAUGACAUGGGACAACGGAUAAAUAGCAUGUU